GAGGUGUGGGCGGAGUCAGAGGGCAGAGUCUGAUCAUGGCUGCUCGCAGUGUGUUCCUCCCGGGGUUGUUCAGGGACAAGGUGGCCAUAGUGACCGGAGGAGGCACCGGCAUCGGGAAGGCCAUCGCCGGCGAGCUGCUGGGACUGGGCUGUAAUGUGGUGAUCGCUUCCCGGAAACUGGACCGGCUAAAAGAAGCCGCCAAGGAUCUGGUCUCCAAAAUCUCCCCGACAAACCCGUCCGCAGUGACUGCGCUUCAGUGUAACAUCCGCAAAGAGGAAGAGGUGGAGUCUCUGGUUGAAGCUACAUUGAAGCAAUACGGUCGGAUUGACUUCCUGGUGAACAACGGCGGCGGACAGUUCCCGUCUCCCAGCGAAGCGAUAUCCGCCAAAGGAUGGAAUGCGGUGAUAGACACCAACCUGACCGGGACCUUCUACUGCUGCAAAGCCGUGUACAAUGCCUGGAUGAGGGAACACGGCGGAGCCAUUGUGAAUAUUGUGGCAGACAUGUGGAAGGGCUUUCCUGGAAUGUCGCACACCGGAGCUGCCAGGGCCGCCGUGGACAAUCUCACCAAAAGCCUGGCUAUAGAAUGGGCUCACAGUGGCGUCAGGAUAAACUCAGUGGCUCCUGGAACAAUCUUCUCACCGACGGCCGCAGAGAAUUAUGAGUCAGGGGUUUCUAUGUUUAAGAACUACAUCCCUUAUAUUCCAGCCAAGAGACUGGGACUGCCUGAAGAGAUCUCACCAAUGGUGUGCUUCCUCCUCUCACCUGCCGCUUCCUUCAUCAGCGGAGAGACUGUGAAGGUGGACGCCGGGCAAAGCCUCUAUCUCUCUCACUGGGAAGUACCAGAUCACAACAGGUGGCCGGAGGCUCCAGAGGGAGAGAACGCCGAAACUUUGAAGAAACUUCUUUCCAGCGCCCCUCCUUCGAAGCUGUGAUGACUCUGCUCGUGUCUAGGCUUGGCCUAAUUGUCAGCCGAUGUACAAUUGUUAGUAUUUAAUUUGACAUUUUAAUUGAUAUUUAAAUGAAGAGGAUGAUUCGGAAACACUCUGAUACCGGGUAUAAUCAUCCUGAUGAAGCCCUUAUUUAGGAAAUAUACUUAGCCCGGGUUCAGACAUAUGCAAACACCGACAUCGCAUGUGAUUCGCACCCGCACUGCUGUGAUCGCAUGCGAUGUCUGUGCAAUGCGAGUACAGUUGUAUG